AUGCUUCCCGAGAGGUCUGAUAUUUCAGACCCGGAGAAAAAGUUGGCGAUGGUCAAUUCUAUCCCCUGGCGAGCUUGGAGCUUGAGGGGAGGGUACUUCAGUCAUCGCAAGCAUGGAGUGGAGAUCAAGGUACCUGCAGUGUGCCUGAGUGGAGCCCCGGGCGUACUACGUGGUAAAGCUCCAGCAUCCAACUGGUAA